AUUCGGCACACAACAAGCCCUAGUGCUAACAGUAACGAACCAUUUGAACUUAGACAAAUCUUACAUAAUGUUCGCUAAGGUGUUGUUCGCAUGCGCGCUAGUAGGCGUCGCGCGCGCAGGUUUGAUCGCUGGGGGUCAUGGCGCAUUGUCGUCACAGAGCAUCGUGCUGGGCGCCCCUGCCCUUGCACAUGGCUACGGAGGUUACGCUGCCGCACCCGCUAUUGCGGCACCUGCAUUAGGAUAUGGAUUAGGUCACGGAGCCGUGGUUGCACAUGCGCCGGUUUACAGGGCACCAUAUGCGCACGCCGCUGCCCCUGUUGAAGUUUAUGCCCACCCCCGCUACCAAUUCAAUUACGGUGUCACUGACGGUCACACCGGCGAUCAGAAGAGCCAAUGGGAAGCCCGUGAUGGGGACGUCGUGAAGGGCCAGUACUCUCUUGUUGAACCUGACGGCACCGUGCGCACUGUCAACUACUCUGCUGAUGACCACAAUGGAUUCAACGCUGUAGUCAGCAGGCACGGCCACGCUGCGCACCCUGCUGCCCACGCAGUGGUCGCUGCCCCAGCCCUUGGCCAUGGCCACCUUCUCCACGGCUAAACUCCAACGACCCUUUAGCCUAGACCAACACCGACGACACCUAUUUAUUUCUACUUAGCUUAA